ACGUGUGACUUCACCACAGCAAGUCGGAGAAUCUGGUUUGACUCUCCCUCGCCGGCGGCCGGCGCCGUGCUCCCGCAGCGGCGCAGCCCCCGUGUCCAACUCCAACAUCUACGCCCCGUCGAGUCACGUGCCGUGCCCGCACGAGCACCUGCCCCUUAUCCCUGGCCGCGCUCCGCGCUACCGCGGCGAUCGGGCGUCCACUGCCCAGUCGCGCACCUUCCCUCGCCGUACGAAUAUGGCCCCUAUUCCCGCUCCUAUCGCGCGCCUCCCCCUCUUCCCUCGCCGUGUCCACACCCCCCCUCCCUCAUCCCCGACCAUCAGUACCGGCGGAGGCACGACACACCGCGCGCACGAGGACGCCGCAGCGGAUCGGAGGAGUGGAUCUGGGGGGAAGGGAGACGGCGCGGGGUAGCAGCACAUCACUCCGGAGCACGGGGCGACUGGCGCGGCGGGCGCCAUGGCUAAAAAGGGCACGGAUAAGGGGGCGUUCUUCACGGAGUACGGCGAGGCGACCCGGUACCAGGUCGGCGAAGUGGUCGGCAAAGGCAGCUACGGCGUUGUGGCGUCUGCCGUCGACACCCACACCGGCGAGCCCGUCGCCAUCAAAAAGAUCGACGACGUCUUCGAGCAUGUCGCCGACGCCACCCGCAUUCUCCGCGAGAUCAAGCUGCUCCGCCUUCUGCGCCAUCCAGACAUCGUCCAGAUCAAGCACAUCAUGCUCCCGCCGUCGCGCCGCGAGUUCCGUGACAUCUACAUUAUCUUCGAGCUCAUGGAGUCCGACCUCCACCAGGUCAUCAAGGCCAACGACGACCUCAGCCCGGAGCACCAUCAGUUCUUUUUCUACCAGCUGCUUCGUGGGAUGAAGUACAUACACGCUGCCAAUGUCUUCCACCGGGACCUCAAGCCCAAGAACAUUCUAGCCAAUGCAGAUUGCAAGCUCAAGAUUUGCGACUUCGGCCUUGCUCGGGUUUCCUUCAACGACACCCCUUCUGCGAUAUUCUGGACGGAUUAUGUAGCAACAAGGUGGUAUCGUGCUCCAGAAUUAUGUGGCUCCUUCUUUUCAAAGUAUACUCCUGCAAUUGAUAUUUGGAGCAUAGGAUGUAUAUUUGCCGAAAUGCUUACAGGGAGGCCGCUCUUUCCUGGCAAAAAUGUGGUACAUCAAUUGGAUCUCAUGACUGAUCUACUCGGCACUCCUUCGGCAGAAUCUAUUUCUAGGAUUCGAAACGAAAAAGCUCGGCGAUAUUUGGGAAACAUGAAAAAAAAGCAUCCAAUACCUUUUUCUCAGAAGUUUCCCGGUGUAGACCCCAUGGCACUCCAUUUGCUUGAGCGUCUUCUUGCUUUUGAUCCCACAGAUCGGCCAACCGCUGCAGAGGCCUUGGCAGACCCAUACUUUACUGGAUUGGCAAAUUCUGAGCUCGAACCCACAACGCAACCCAUCUCGAGACUUGAGUUUGAGUUUGAGAGAAGGAAGCUGGCCAGAGAGGAUGUACGUGAAUUAAUUUACAGAGAGAUUUUAGAGUACCAUCCUCAGAUGUUGCAUGAGUAUCUUCGUGGUGGAGAUCAGGCAAACUUUCUAUACCCAAGUGGGGUGGAUCGUUUCAAGAGGCAAUUUGUUCAUCUCGAAGAAAUCGGUGCUAAGGGUGAAAAGACUAGCCCGCAGCUGCGGCAGCAUGCUUCCUUACCAAGGGAAAGAGUUAUCGGCAGCAGUGAUGAGCCUGAAAAGCCAAAUGCAGAUUACUGUAUAAAAUUGCAUGUAGGUGAGGUACCAGGUCACACAUCGGUGACAGAUGGCCUUAACAAGCCACUGUUGAACACUCGAAACUUCUUGAAGAGCGAAAGCAUCGGUGCCUCCAAGUGCAUCGUCGUCAAAGAAAAGCGAGAAAAAGAUGAGGAAUCUAUGUCUGACUAUAUGCAUGAAGCAUGAAGAACAUCUGAUGAGGAACCGAAAAGGACUGCUCAACUCAAAAGUUUGUGAUGAUACAGGGGAGACAGAAGCACGUCCGAUCCAUGGGGGCUUCACUUCAGAAUCCCGAGCACACGAAUCAGAUCGAUGAACCACACUGAUGCCGGUGCCGGAUAGUCAUCUCAUUGGUUAGCAGAGCAUAGGAUUUAUUUCAAUUUUUUUGGGCGCAACUUUGAUCGAUGCUCCCAUUCAUGUAACUGGUAGAGUUUAGAAUGUAACCAACAGAGUGUAGAAUGUAACCAGCAUAUACUGGAGUAGAGUACAUGACUCGACUUCUUAUUACUCGUGCAAUGCUUUCUUACUACGUGACUUA